GCGCCGAGCGUACCCACCACGAGAAGAUGCCACCUUCAGUGAAAGAAAUCUUGUCUUCAAAAAGAACCUCUCUUCUUGAAGAGAUGGCCGUUGAAAUCCAGUGGCCGGAUAAGACUAAGUUGCUAGACCGAGUCGCCAACGAUCCUACCGAUGAAAAUUCUCAGGAGCUGUACGCCACGACUUUGGAAGAAGCGACUUCUAAGCACUGGCUGGAAGGUCCUUUCAGCCCGGAAGAGAUUAGCGAGCGCUUCGAGUCUUGGCUUCCCGUUCGGCGAUUCGCCGUUGUGCAAACGGGAGCAGUGGAUUUUGUCCUGUCUUCGGGAGAACGGCUGACAGGAUUGGUCCAUCCCGAUUGGUCCAAGGUGGAAGUUCUAGGCGUCACCUUGGACGUCUCCGGAGCUCAGGAUGGCUUCAUUGCCGUCAAAAACAAACGCUCCAGGUGCGACGAGCUCGAAGCUCUUCUUGACGAAGCAAUAAAAGCCAGGUCCGUGGUUCCUUGUCGCUUGCCCAGCUUCACAGGAAAACUUCAGUUCGCAGAUGGCCAGAUCUGGGGGCGCGCAGGGCGAAUGGCUCUUCGCGACCUCCGGGCAUUCGGCUUCGCUUCUCGAACUUCAGUGUCAUUGGACUCUAUAGAGUCGGAUGGAAAGCACCAUGUCAUCGGCCUCGUGGAAUUGUACGGGGCGAUCCUUGCGCUCCGCCACUGGCGUAAACAUUUGGAGGGCCAGAGGGUGCUGCUCUUCAUUGACAAUUGGCCUGCGCUUGACGCCCUCGUGAAAGGCGAUGCUGCAGUACCGACGUGGCGAGAGAUCCUCAUGGUCUUAGAGAAUCCUUUGGAGGUCGAGCCUUGCUAUCUGUGGAUCGCCAGAGUUGCCUCCGCAUCCAAUGUUGCGGAUGCACCUAGCAGAGGAUCUCUCAAAGAGCUCGCUCCCUGGAAGUUGGCCGUGGAGCAUCCGAAAUGCCCUUUGUCAAAAGUCUCUCUGAAGUCGAUCGUUCAUGCGUGCUAA